AUGGUUAAAGAUACUAAAUUAUACGAUGUUCUAGGUGUUUCACCAACCGCCGGUGAUUCUGAAAUCAAGAAAGCCUACAGAAAAUCAGCUUUGAAAUACCAUCCAGAUAAGAAUCCAACUGAAGAAGGUGCCGAGAAAUUUAAGGAAGUUUCUGCAGCCUAUGAAAUUCUAUCCGAUUCUGAAAAGAGAGAAAUUUACGAUCAGUUUGGUGAAGAAGGUCUAAAUGGUGGUGGCCCAGGUGGUCCAGGUGGAUUUGGAGGUUUCGGUGGUUUCGGUGAUGAUAUCUUUUCUCAAUUCUUCGGUGGUGCUGGUGCCGGUGCCGGUAGACCAAGAGGUCCACAAAGAGGUAGAGAUAUUAAACAUGAAAUUGCUGCCACUUUGGAAGAACUUUAUAAAGGUAGAACUGCAAAGUUGGCUUUGAACAAACAAAUUCUUUGUAAGACCUGUGAAGGUAGAGGUGGUAAGAAGGGUGCUGUCAAGAAAUGUUCCAGUUGUAAUGGUCAAGGUGUUAAAUUUGUGACAAGACAAAUGGGUCCAAUGAUUCAAAGAUUCCAAGCGGAAUGUGACGUCUGUAGUGGUACCGGUGAUAUCAUUGAUCCAAAGGAUCGUUGUAAGACAUGUAAUGCCAAGAAGGUUACUAAUGAAAGAAAAAUAUUGGAAGUUCACAUUGAACCAGGUAUGAAAGAUGGUCAAAACAUUGUUUUCAAAGGUGAAGCCGAUCAAGCUCCAGACGUUAUUCCAGGUGAUGUUAUUUUCGUUGUUGCUCAAAAGCCACAUAAGCAUUUCCAAAGAUCUGGUGAUGAUUUAGUAUACGAAGCCGAAAUAGAUUUACUAACGGCUAUUGCUGGUGGUGAAUUUGCACUAGAACAUGUUUCAGGCGAUUGGCUAAAGGUUUCCAUCUUGCCAGGUGAAGUUAUUUCCCCAGGUAGUAAAAAGGUUAUUGAAGGCAAAGGUAUGCCAAUUCCAAAAUAUGGUGGUCACGGUAACUUGAUUGUCCAUUUCACAGUUAAAUUCCCUCAAAAGCAUUUUGCCGAUGAAGAUAGUUUGAAAAAGUUAGAAGAAAUCCUACCCCCAAGAAAGAAGAUAAGCAUCCCAGCCAAUGCUACUGUUGAUGAUUGUGUAUUAUCUGAAUACGAUCCAAGUAAAUCAAGUGCUCGUAGAGGAGGCCAAAGUUACGAUUCCGAUGAUGAAGAUCAACAAGGUGGUGAAGGUGUGCAAUGUGCAUCUCAAUGA